UCCCUCCCACUGCCGUGGAAGACCACUUCUUCAUCCUCCCAACGCUCACCCUUCGUUAGUUUCCUUCUACCCACCUCAAUCCGUUUUUGCACCUAGAAACACACAGGCUGAGUCACACCACGCCACAUCACACCCCCUCAAAUCCCUGUUCGCGUCUUCCCAACGCCGAAUUUCCUCUUCAAGCAGAUCUUUCUCUCCCUCCCACCCCCUUGUCAGUGCCAUCUGCGCUUCUGAUUCCUGUCCCCAAGGGGGUAGACUGCAGAACGACACAAUACUUGUUUCGUCUCCCCCAAAGACGACUAGCUAAACUAAAUUGCAAAGGAACCGACUGUCAAGGAGCCCAGCCCAUCCGGGAGAUUUUCAAAGCCAGGGCUCUCUCCUUUAAUCCUGCUUUGACUCCCCCAUUCGGUUCACAAUAAAUACUCAAGAGAGGGAAAAGUAGGGACGAAGCUCUGAGAGUCACGGGAAUGGCUGCGUGAAAACCAGCCGGGCACCGAAGAGACACAGAGAGGAAGACAAGAGCAGCUGCCCCGGGGCCAAAGCCUGGAGAAUCCUGAGCGGCCGGAGGAGGGCCGAAGGCGGAGGGGGUCCAUCUUGGACUCGGGCUGAAGGUAAAAGGGCAGCUGGGCCUGGGAUGGGGAAGCCUACGACGAACGGCGGCUCCAGUCCACCGCGGGGGAGACAGCCGCGGCUGGCGGGAACCGGACAAGUCCUGCGGGGAAGAGAAGGUUCCGCGGGAGCCCGAGGGAGGCAAGGCCCCCGCCGCGCGCCCACCUGCGAAUAGGAGCACUUCUCGGAGUCGCUGCCGCCCAGCACGGCGCACGCCUCGUUCUCCAACUCCUCGUCCUCCUCAAGGACGUCGACCAGCGAUACCACGGGCUCCAGUUCCGACUGCCGCCCACCGGGACCGUCAGCUCCCGCCAUCCUCAACUGUCACAGGACCACAGCUUUGCACCGGCGGAGGCGGGAAAAAGCGACCACGAGAGGCGUGGCCGGAGGAGGCGGGUCCUGAGCCCCAGGAACCAAUCCUAAAGAAAGGAAGCCAAGGAAGGGGAGGAGCGACUUCCAACAAACGGAAGUCGCUCCUCUCCUUGCUCCCGCCUGAUUCCGCGGCGAGCUGGUUUCCGCUUCCGGGUGGUACUCUCCUGGCGCGUUCUGGAAGCACAGUGGUUGCCAUGGAGGUACUGGGCGAGUACGUAGGCUUGGACGGGCAGCGGCGGCAGCUACGGGUGCCUUGUGAGGCGCCGGGCGACGACGCCGACCCUUUCCGGGGCCUAUUGUCCGGCGUGGCCCAGAUGAGAGAGCUGGUGGCCGAGCUCUUGGGCCCCCUGGAACAGCGGGAAGCGCGGAGCAGGGUGGCGGUGGCUCCAGACGAGGCCUUGGACGAAGAAGUUAUUGUGGAAUCCGCCGCUGCCACCACAGCUGCCGUGACCUGCCAGGACAGCGCUGCGGCCGAGCACCCCUAGGCAUCACAUCGAAAGCCGCUGACCCCUCCCCAGCCCUCGCCGAGCACGUCUCAUUCUCCACACCGCCAGCGCGGGGUCCCUGCAGGCACACGGUGGGCGCCAUGGCUGAGAACUUGAACUGCCACCACUGCAGUGACCCCCUGCAGGGGAAGAACUACGUGGAGAAGGACGGCCACCGCUGCUGCUUGACCUGCUUUGACAAGUUCUGUGCCAACACCUGUGUGGAAUGCCACAAGCGCAUCGGCGCGAACGCCAAGGAGGUGUGCUAUAAGAACCACUACUGGCACAGCUCCUGCUUCUACUGUGCCAAGUGCCUGCACCCCUUGGUCAACGAGACCUUUGUGGCCAAAGACGACGAGAUCCUGUGCAGCAAGUGCAGCAUGAUGGAGGAGUCUCCUACGUGCAAGGGCUGCUCUAAGCCCAUCGUGGCCGGCGAUCAGAACGUGGAGUACAAGGGGACUGUCUGGCACCAAGACUGCUUCACCUGCAGCAGCUGCAACCAAGUCAUCGGGACCGGAAGCUUCUUCCCUAAAGGCGAGGACUUCUACUGCGUGACUUGCCACGAGACCAAAUUUGCCAAGCAGUGCGUGAAGUGCAACAAGGCCAUCACGUCGGGGGGAGUCAUGUACCAGGAUAAGCCCUGGCAUUCCGAGUGCUUUGUGUGUGCCAACUGCUCUAAGAAGCUGGCCGGGCAGCGUUUCACCACUGUGGAGGACCAGUAUUACUGUGUGGACUGCUACAAGAACUUUGUGGCCAAGAAAUGCGCUGGGUGCAAGAACCCCAUCACUGGGUUUGGCAAAGGCUCCAGCGUGGUGGCCUAUGAAGGACAAUCCUGGCACGACUACUGCUUCCACUGCAAGAAUUGCUCCGAGAAUCUGGCCAACAAGCGCUUUGUUUUCUACCAGGAGCAAGUGUAUUGCCCCGACUGUGCCAGAAAAGUUGUAAAGUGACAGGAUCUCCUGUCCUGUGGAAUGGAAUCGAGUCUCGUUCCUUGUGUCCUCACCCUCUGCCCUGCACCACCCAUAGGAAAAGAGCAGCCUUUGACCUCUUCAAAGGUGUCCCUUCUGUCUCUUCUCCCAUUGUAUAGUAUUAAAUAAGGGCACAUGGUGAUCAGUCAUUAGAAUUUAGCAAAAAGCAACUCUGCAGCAAAGUUAAUUUCAUGAUGGCUGCAAUCAAAACAUGAACUCUUAGAUCGACUCCUCUGCACGUUUAACAUAGAGCAGAAGAGUGCUAACCACUUAGCUGUUUAGCGAUGUAAGCGAAAGCCUUAGAGACCGAGUUCCCAGAGAUGCCCUUCCUGGCCCAGCGGGGCCACCGCAUCUUCAUGCAGCACCGAACGGCCGCAGCGGCCGCUCCAGCUCACCGCUAAGCGUGUGCUGGGAGUAGACAGAAAACCUACCCACAUGCACAGGUUAACUCCCGCAUCAAAACCUCUUUUCUGUUCUUUCGUGCUUUUGAUUCCCUAGUACGAAUUUCCAGAAAA